AUGUCGGACCGCCCUGUGCUCGUCCCAGAGACCCCAACCCACUCAGCACAAGACUUCUCGCCCGACUGCCCCUUUUGCAUAAUAGCACAGACCUAUGGGCCCACAUCACCUCUCUCAGCAGAGCACAACUCAGACCUGGAUCCAGAGAAACUCGAUCCGCCGUCUUUCGUCUUGUUCUCCAACGAGCACGUCGUCGCUUUUCUAGAUAUCAUGCCCCUGACAAGAGGCCAUGUACUCGUCGCGCCCAGGAGGCAUCGAGUCAAAGUGGGCCAUCUGAGUCCUGAUGAGAGUGCUGAGAUCGGCCGGGUCCUGCCUCUCAUCGCACGCUCGGUGACCCGGGCGGUCAUGCCAGACAUCCCACACGAUGAAGCGGACUACAACAUCGUUCAGAACAAUGGCCCCGGCGCCGCCCAAGUCGUUCCCCACGUACACUUCCACAUCGUCCCGCGUCCACCACCAGGCUACGUCCAACCACGAUCUUCCACCUCGACCUCCUUACGGAAACAGUACCCUCCCAACACUCAGCCGACAGGCUACAAACGCACUAUGAUCCUUUUCGGCCGCGGAAUGAGAUCGGACCUGGACGACGAAGAAGCCGCGGCCCUCGUGGAGGAUAUGAGGCGCUGCAUCAGAGAGGAUUGGACCAGCACAUUCGGCGAGGACGCCGCUUCGAAUGCUUCAAAGCGAGGGGCAUGGAAAGUCUAG